AUGUCACAGCACUGUUCCAAGAAACCCAUCAUCAGUAUAGUGGGCACCACUGGAGUGGGCAAGUCGCAAUUCAGCAUCGACCUAGCCGAGCGCAUCAAUGGCGAGAUCAUCAACGCCGACUCGAUGCAAGUUUACAAGGGUGCUGAAAUAAUCACCAAUAAGCACCCCCUACAAGAACGCAAAGGCGUGCCGCACCAUUUGAUGGGCCAUGUCGGGUGGGACGAAGAAUACUUCAUUCACCGCUUCAACAACGAGGCCAACUGUGCCAUUGCAGACAUUCACAGUCGCGGCAAGAUCCCCAUUAUUGUGGGAGGGACGCACUAUUAUUUGCAAUGUCUCCUAUUCGAAAACAAGACUAUGGAACAGCCAAAGGAGCGCGAGGUGACCGAGGACGAGUUGAGGAUCCUCGAUGGGCCCACGGAUGCGCUUUUCCACACGCUACUGCAAGUGGACUCCGUGAUUGCAUCCAAAUUUCACCCGCAAGACCACCGCAAACUCCGACGAGCGUUGGAGAUUUACUAUACCACGGGCCGGAAACCUUCAAGCAUAUACCAGCAGCAGAAGUUGGAUGAAUUGGAGAGCAGUUCUCUCAAGCAUAGGACCAUUGUGUUCUGGCUAUAUUCGGAGAUGUCGGAGUUGCACAAGCGACUAGACUCCCGAGUCGACGUGAUGAUGCAGACUGGAGCCGUUGAUGAGAUUCGAGAAUUGAACGACAGCUUUGUUUCGAGUGGGUCCGAUUGCACUUCGGGAAUUUACCAGGUCAUUGGGUUUAAGGAGUUUCUACCUUGGCUAGAGGCAAGGGCAAAGAAUCCCGAUGAACCCCCGGCGGAGGAGGAGGAAACGUCACGGGCGCUUUUUGAGCAUGGAGUGGAGCGAAUGAAGAUCCGAACGCGGCAAUACGCAAAGUACCAAGUCAAGUGGAUUCAAAAGACCCUCAGCUUGGAAUUGGCAAAGGAGUCCAAGUUCAACUACAUCAACGGCGGGAGGCUAUGUGUUUUGGACGCCACCGAUUUGAGCCAGUGGAACCACAACGUUCGAGAUCGCGGUAUUGAAACCUGCGAAUCGUUUCUCCACCGCCACCACCUCCACCAGCACAAAGACGACGACGCAAAUCUGUUGGAUCUAGUUCCUGCUGAUCUUGCACAUCUUCUAUCUAACGAAACCAAGCACGCGAAAAGUAACAAAAACUUGAACGCGGCAGAUAAUUGGAAACAUUUCUCGUGCGAGACGUGCAAGGACAAGAACGGGCUGCCGUUUAUAGUCGUUGGCGAAGAAAUCUGGAAUCAGCAUUUGAAUAGCCGCAGGCAUAGGCGGACUUUGGCUGCCAAGACUCGCAAACGUGUGAACGAGGCCAACAUUUUGAAAAGCAAAUCUGACAAAGAGAAUGCGCUUUCAAAUGACUUGGAUCCAGAUUUGGGCCUGCGUUGA